GCUUUGUUUCUGCUUUUCUCUCUUGGAAUAUGGCUUUCGGGUUAUUUCUCUUCCUGUUUUUACAGGGUCUAUGUUGAUCUGUUUCCUUUUCUGCGUUUGAUUGGUUCUCGCAAAAUCUAGUCGGUGGUCCUUGAUCAUCAAAAGGGAAAGUUUAGUUCUGCGGUUUGGGCAGACUUUUGGUGUUUAGGGUCUGUUUGCUUUGCUGAGAUUUGAGCCUCAAUCCGUCCAUCUCCUUUCAGAUUUUAGAUAUGACGAUUUCCCUUCUCUUGCUCAUUUCUGUCAUCUCAAUCACGUUUCCUUUCUUGCUGCCGGUGGUAGAGGAAGAUUGUGAAAGUGGUUAAGUGAAGAGAGAAGAAAGAAGUAGGUAGAUCUGCUGUGAUUAGAUUUGGGCGAGGGAGUCUGACGGGGAAAAUUUUGAGUGAUGAGACUAGGCUGGAGGUGAGAAGAGGAGAUGAGAAAAGGGAAGAGACAACGUGGAUGGGCAAUGGGUCACAGAUGGAGAAAACAUUGGAAGAGGAAGAUCGUGGGUUCAGGAAGGCUGGUCACAACCGAGGAAGAGAAAAAGAAAGAGACUCGAUGGUGGCUGAUUUUCCAAAUUUGAGUUUGUUGGGAGGAGAGGAGGCCCUAAACUCCUCGCAGAAGCUGAUGUGUCGGUCCAGCACUUCCUCUGUGGAAAUGGUCGUGUGGGAUCUCUGCACUAUGUCCUUGACGGCUUGGACACGGAGGCCGCAGAUUCAGGGGCCCUGGUAGCAUUCCUGGACGCAGAGGAUGUAGGCCGAAGUGCAUUCCUCAGUGAAGCAGCAGCGAUGGCAUUCGAUGGAUUGGAUUCUGGUGGAAGGAGUGACUUUAGUUGACGGUGGCUGAGUCUCUAAGCUGGCAAAUGCCAUGGUUUGAGAUAGAACAUUGGAGAUUAGUGGUAAGAUAGUUUGAAAUGAUUGAGUUUUGAAAUUAAAAAUCGUCUAGGAAGAACAGAAAAACAAACGUGAUUGUACGAAAUUGUUAGGUAAAUUUUCAAUCCUUAGACAUUCAUUUUGUUUAUGAUUAAAAGCUAUGAUAUGGCUUUCUUUAGAUACUGUUUAGAUGAGUAAAAUUCAUAUAAUCAAGAGUUUCUAAUAAUGUAAUUUUUAUUUAUUUUGUUGUAGUAUUACUCUUUCCUACUCUAUCUUUUUAUCAGUAUAUACUAAAUAUUUUAUAGCAAAUAGAAGGUUGAUGACAGGGUAAGUGAUAGCUGGAAUAGUUGUCAUUCUGGCGAGGAUGAUAGUGAAGGAGAAAAGUAAGUUAGAUGUGUCGAUUUUGUUAGUGAUUUUCUAUUUUUCUCCUCCACCAGCUCAGAAACAAAAUCUACCCACAACUUAGCUAGACUCUCUACCUUCUAAUUUACUCUUAUCUUUCUUUUAACGCAGAAUUUCUUAUUAUCAUUAUUUCCCUUAUAAGGUGA